AUGUCUUCUACAACAGUUUAUGUUGGUAAUCUCGAUCAAAGAAUAACUGAUUCCAUGUUACUCGAAUAUUUUUCACCAAUGGGUUCCGUUGCAAGCAUUAAGAUUAUGGCUAUGCAUAGAAAUAACUCUUUUAAUCCUGUAAACUAUGGUUUUGUUGAAUUUGUAGAUGCUAUGUCUGCUGACAAAGCUAUUCAAGAAUUAAAUGGUUAUAAAAUUUUGGAUCAUGAAAUUAAAGUAAACUGGGCUCAACAAAAUCAAAAAGAAGAAACUCCUAGCCAAUUCCAAAUCUUUGUUGGUGAUCUUUCACCUGAAAUUAAUGAUGAAGCUUUAUCUCAAGCCUUUGGUGUUUUUGGCUCUUUAGUUAACGCACAUGUUAUGAAAGAUACUAUGUCAGGUAAUUCUCGUGGUUUUGGAUUUGUUACUUAUCGUGAAAAGUCAGAAGCUAAUCAAGCUAUUGCUUCUAUGAAUGGUGAAUUAUUGGGUGCUCGUAAUAUUCGUGUUAAUUGGGCUACUCAAAAGGGUGAUACUCCUCCUCCCCGUCCUGGUCAACAACUUCCUUAUGAAACUGUUGUUCAGCAAACCCCUAAUUAUGUUACUAGUGUCUAUGUUGGUAAUUUGCCUCCUAAUGUGUCUGAUAAUGAUUUGGUACAACCUUUUCAAAGAUUUGGCUUUAUUCAAGAAGUUAAAUUGCAAGCCGACAAAGGAUUUGCUUUUGUCAAGUUAGACACGCAUCAAAAUGCUGCUAAUGCCAUUGUUCAUUUACAAGGUAUGAUUAUUAAUGGCCGUGAAGCCAAGUUAUCAUGGGGUAAGGAUCGUCCUGCUUCUAACUGGCCCUCAUAUAACAAUCAACGUCAACCAAAUAAUAACUGGCGACAAGUUAGACAAAAUUAG